CCCAAACACCAAAACCCUGCACCCAUCCUUCGUGAAGCAGCCCUGGAACUCGCCUUAUCAAUCUCCCUAUGAUAAAUACUCAACUCCGUACCUUCAUGAAUGCGGAGAUACAAUAUUACGCAGGGUAUCUCUGGGCUUCUAUCUGAAUCGCUUAUCCAUCGACCAGUCGCCGCCCGCAGGAGCCACCAGCCUUGUCACUCACUACUUACCACUUCAACUUAGCACAACGGCAACGCAACAGAGAUCUUGAGGUAGGCUGUCGGAUACCACUGGAAAGCAACAUGUUUGUACCGCAGUGGAACAACAGAAAGCGUGAAAGGGACCAGGCGGAUGAUGGCAGUGUUUCAGGCUUCAGUGAGCAUCGUAUGAAACGUCGAAUAGCUACUCUUCCUGAUCGGACCUCGCCCAGACCGACGCGUCAAAUCUCUCCCUUUGUCACGAACUUCACACCGCCGUCUGUCCCUCCAACCAUCACACCCGCCGAUUCCGACUCAGAAGAGACCCCCAGGACUACUACGGAGCCGAAGUCCUUCUUCUCGCCAUAUUCCUCCUCUCCGUCUGGCACAUUCCCGCCUAGCUCACCAUGUGUGGGUGCUGCAAACAGCUCCCAAUCCAGCCACAUGUCCGACGUGGCCGUCUAUUCCGAUGACUAUGAGAUGGCCGACUCAAGCCACCUCUCACCGGCCCCGUAUCGCAAUGAUCCGGCAACCAGCUUAUCCGGACGUGUCCCAACACCGAUCCAUAGCUCAUUCGCAACCCACAUACGUGCCGAGAAAACCUUCCGCCACAGCGACCCCGAUUUCGCAGACGACGAGGCGCUGGUCGAAAGGUUCCGCCGAGGUCGAAGACUACCAAGCCCUAUAAGUGAGGGUGAGAUGAGCCCAAGUAUCAUCACGGAUGGGCUUGGUGGCAUGCAAAUGGACGUUGAGUCUGAAUCGGGAAGGGAGACGCCAACAAAGAAAGGGCAUACCCGGUCAAAGCAUAGUCUCAGGAGUUGGACCGGUGGUGGGGAACUUGGAGUCGGUAUGAAGAGGACUUUCACCCUGGGAUACCGGGCAGAUUGUGAGAAAUGCCGGAAUAAGGUUCCUGGUCACUUCAGUCACAUUAUUACGUCUUGAUGACUAGAUUAAUUUGCCAUGUUAUCAUGGGUGUGAUGAAAGGUCUCCCGCCUCUUCGGGAUUGCAUUGUGUAGCACCUCGACCUCGGCAAGCAUGGCGCUCGGUGUUGGGUUAUCUUUAAUGUAGCUGUUCGCUAUCAUCUGGCGCGGCUUUUAUUAUUUAAUAGAUUCUUUCUCUCAUGACAAGGGAAUU